GCGUGGCACCAAAACGGUUAAGAAAUUUCGCCGAAAUUAUGUACGCGAAACGCGUGGUGAUCAGCGAUGAAAACUUUGGAAUGGCCCAUAAGUGCACCGAAUGUUUUCUACCGAUGUUUCAAUCGAAGUCCUUCGUGGACGUGACAUUUCGAGUGCAAGGCACGGAGAUUCCGGCACACCGAGCCGUUUUGAAGAAAAGCAGUUCCUAUUUCCACGGCAUAUUCACGAACGGCAUGCAGGAGGAGCAAGGCGUAGUCGAUGUUGCAGACGUUGACGUUGAAAUAUUCAGCGAAUUGCUCAACUUCGUUUACGGGGCUAGUUUUCAGAACAUUAGAGAAAAUGCCGAGAGACUUCUGGUGGUGGCGGAUAAAUACGAUUUCAAGGAUUUGCAAGCUGUGUGCGCUACCGUGUUAAGUGAUCAGUUAUCGAUUACAAAUGUCGUACACGUUCUCGGUGCCGCCAUUCCGCUUCGGGUCCAGGCAGCGAAAAUUAAAGCCAUACAUUUUCUUAAAGAACAUUGCGAGUCCAUAAUCCAGACCGAGGAUUUUCAGUCCCUAAUGCACAUAAAGCCGAAAGUCAUGAUGGAAAUAUUUUGUGCAGUUUGUACACAACUUCAGGGAUUCAGCACGUCGGAUUCUAUUUGCGGAUCCCUGCAUCAAUCCAAUGACAAUAUAACACCGACCUGUCUCCCUUUCCAUAUGAACAAAGUUACUAUUAAUAGUGAAAAAGUCAGCAUUGAAUGUAAUGUGCAUGAUUUCCGUAAGCACUACAACUUGCGUCACACAUUUGAACUCUAGCCACAUAGGCAUGCGUUUUA